AACCCUAAACCUAUACUCUGAUUCUGCUCGCAACCAAGCAAAUAAUCCCCCUUUGAAUUCGCUCCCUAACUUGGCGAGUCUGCGUAGGCGAGCUGUCGAAAUUCGUUUUACAGUGUUGCGUAAGUGGUUGCGUAAGGGCAGCUGAGAGUGAGAUUCGCAGCCUGGUUGUCGGCUGUUAGUUCAAGAUGGCUACCAGGGCCCAGUUUGAGAACAGUAAUGAAAUUGGAGUAUUUUCAAAGCUCACCAAUGCUUACUGCCUCGUUGCGAUUGGGGGUUCCGAGAACUUUUACAGCACAUUUGAGGCAGAGUUACAAGAUGUUAUUCCUGUGGUGAAGGCUUCUAUCGCGGGUACCCGAGUGAUUGGCCGUAUGUGUGUUGGUAACAAGAAUGGCCUUCUUCUUCCUCAAGCAACUACUGAUCAAGAGCUUUUGCACAUAAGGAAUUGUUUACCAGACAAAGUUGUGGUUCAAAGAGUAGACGAGCGCCUUUCGGCCCUUGGCAAUUGUAUCGCAUGUAACGAUUAUGUGUCGCUCAUUCAUACCGACCUCGAUAGGGAAACCGAAGAACUUGUAGCUGACGUUUUGGGAGUUGAGGUAUUCAGGCAAACUAUAGCAGGAAACAUCCUUGUAGGAAGCUACAGUCAAUUCACUAAUCGUGGCGGAUUGGUGCAUCCUCAUACCUCAAUUGAAGAUUUGGACGAAUUGUCAUCACUAUUACAAGUUCCACUUGUAGCUGGUACUGUGAAUAGAGGAAGCGAAGUCAUUGGAGCCGGGUUGGUAGUAAAUGACUGGACUGCUUUUUGUGGACUGGACACAACAGCCACUGAACUAUCGGUGAUAGAGAGUGUGUUUAAACUCCGUGAUGCUCAGCCCAGUAACAUCGUCAACGAAAUGCGGGCCUCUCUCAUUGAUACCAUGUCAUGAGGUCGCCUUCCUCUUUAUUUUUUAUCACGUGUACUGCAUACUUUUUCUGUGUCACUUUCGAAUCAGAAUUUCUUGUGCCCUGCAUAUAUCCAAGGGAAAAGGACGCCCACUUGCUCUGA